AUUCACGGAGUUCAUGUCCUCGGCUCUAGCCGCGCAGACUCGGCGCCUCCGCCCUUGUUCCCUGGUUGCUCCCAGCUUCCGACUGAAAGCCGCUGUGAACGGCUUGAAUGAAACGUGUGUGGGUUUAGUGUGUGGUAAAACCACCAGGGGAUCCCGUCUCUCCACAAACCAGAUGCUCUGCUCGAAGGAGAAGGAGAGGGAGGAGGCCUGAAGCGGGGCGCGCGCAGUGGCUGAGCGGCCGAGAGGCCGGGCCACCUCCCCUGCGGACCACGCACCGCUCCGCCCGCCUGAGGCGGUUCCAGGCACCACGCUCUCCACCCGGGGUGAGAUGGUGGUGGCAGUGACAAGCUCCUGCAGCCCACAGCACUGUGCACAAAACAGCAGCAGCGCCCGCUCCUCCCUCUCCCUCUACCCUCCUCAGUCGGCGCGCUAAAGCGCAGCCGCCGGCUCCAUCCCCUUGUCAACUUUGAGCUGACGAAGCAGCAACUUUGACAGCGGCCCCUGGUUCGGAAUCUGGCUUCUCCUUGGCAACAGUCCCUUCGAAAGUCGCCGGAGUUAAAGGAGUCAAGAGUUUCCUCUCAGCACCAGCGUUGCCUAUUUGCAACGGGUCCCCCGCCAGCCCAGCCGGGAGUGGGAUUGUGACAGCUAGUCCCCUGGUGGAGGGGACUUGUUUUUCUUUCUCUCUAGAGACCUCGGCUAACGACUGGAUAAAGCUGUUCGGAAAGGAUGUAAAUAGCAGAGCAACUGUUACCAAGAAGGCAGCCACCACCCAAAGGCUGGGAGGAGCGCGGGGCUUCCUCCGGGCUGAGCCCAGUCGCAACAUUAGGCAACAAUCAGGUGGUGUUCGCAACUUUUCAAGGUCAGCCUGGUGGAUCAGCUGUUUCCCUCCGAACCUUCCGGCGCCCAGAGCUUGGAUUAGAUCUGGCUGGGAAAUGCACAGGACGUCAACCGUGGAAGGGUUGUAGGGGUGUGUUGGUGACACUCUUCUUCCCCGCGCGCCCUGGUCCCUGCUCUCCCACAAUCUUCAGCUCCCCACCACUACCCAGCGGUGAGUAUGUGACAUGAGUCUAACUCUCCGCACCAAGUUUGGCAGCAGGUGUCGGUGCUAAGAGAGAGCAGGGCUGCUAGGUUGCGCCCUCGCCGAGCCAUGCCAGCCCUGGGCGCGCCUCUCUCGCGCACGUCGCGGCGGCUGCUGCUCCUGCUGCUGCUCAAGGUUUCUGUCUCUGCUGCCCUGAGCUUUGUCCCUGAGCCCAGGAAUGGAACUUGUCUGGGGGCGAGCUGUUCCCCACUGAUGAUCCAACGCCGCAGCAGGGAUGCCCGGGGACCAGGGAAUUCUGCCGGAGACGUCCUGCGAGUCCGUGCGCCCAGGGGGAAACUGGAAGCGGAGGUGAGAGGGGCGACCUCCUGGGGCCUCCCACCGGCCAGGGGCGGUGACACAGGUGUGAGUGAGGAGGCCGUGGCUGCGGCGGCUCCUCCUGAACCCUUGGGACUUCCAACCAAGCCACCUGGCGCCCGGAGAUGGAAAGGUGCCCAGGGUAAAGAGACAUCUGGACAUUUGGGGAGAAGGGACCCCACGGACCCCCAGCUCUUCCUUCAGACCUCUGAAGAGAAAGAGAUGAGUCCCGGGGGCGCCGACAUUCCCCGGAGCAGCCACGAGCAGAGCGUGAAAACGGAACCUGAACCCAGAGAUCUUUUUUACUGGCCACGAAGAACUGGGCAACUUCAGGGUUCCCACCACAGGCCUCCAGCCGUGCACGAAGGGAGGACCCUUGCUCCUCCAGGCAGGGCAUUACCACAAAACGGGUCCUCAGAUGACUGGGUCCCUGACCAAGGGGGUCCGCGCCAUGGAAAUAGCACUAACAGGCGUGUGAGACUGAAGAACCCCUUCUACCCCCUGACCCAGGAAUCCUACGGAGCCUACGCGGUCAUGUGCUUAUCUGUGGUGAUAUUUGGGACCGGAAUCAUUGGCAACUUGGCGGUGAUGUGUAUCGUGUGUCACAACUACUACAUGAGGAGUAUCUCCAAUUCUCUGUUGGCCAACCUGGCCUUCUGGGACUUCCUCAUCAUCUUCUUCUGCCUCCCCCUGGUCAUCUUCCACGAGUUGACCAAGAAGUGGCUUUUGGAAGAUUUCUCCUGCAAGAUCGUGCCCUAUAUCGAGGUGGUUUCUCUGGGCGUCACCACCUUCACCUUGUGUGCACUGUGCAUAGAUCGCUUCCGGGCCGCCACCAACGUUCAGAUGUACUAUGAAAUGAUCGAAAACUGUUCUUCCACCACUGCCAAACUCGCGGUUAUCUGGGUCGGCGCUCUGCUGUUGGCCCUUCCGGAGGUUGUCCUCCGCCAGCUGAGCAAGGAGGACUUGGGAUUCAGUGGCCAGGCUCCCGCAGAACGCUGUGUCAUAAAGAUCUCUCCUGAUUUACCGGACACCAUCUAUGUUUUGGCCCUCACCUAUGAUGGCGCAAGGCUUUGGUGGUAUUUUGGCUGUUACUUUUGUCUGCCCACAAUUUUCACCAUCACCUGCUCUCUCGUGACCGCUCGGAAGAUCCGCAAAGCGGAGAAGGCCAGCACGCGUGGGAACAAGCGGCAGAUCCACCUGGAGAGCCAGAUGAACUGCACAGUGGUGGCCCUCACCAUCUUAUAUGGCUUCUGCAUCAUCCCUGAGAACAUCUGCAACAUCGUCACUGCCUACAUGGCCGCGAGCGUGUCCCAGCAGACCAUGGACCUCCUGAACAUCAUCAGCCAGUUCCUCCUGUUCUUCAAGUCCUGCGUCACGCCCGUGCUCCUCUUCUGCCUGUGCAGGCCGUUCAGCAGGGCCUUCAUGGAGUGCUGCUGCUGCUGCUGCGAGGAGUGCAUCCAGAAGUCUUCCACGGUGACCAGCGACGACAACGACAACGAGUACACCACGGAGCUGGAGCUGUCGCCCUUCAGCACCAUCCGCAGGGAGAUGUCCACCUUCGCCUCCGUGGGGACCCACUGCUGAGGGACCCGUUUGGUCUUCUCCGUCUUCGAUUUUCAUAGCCCAUGGAAAGUUUUACUGCGUAUUUUUCCUCACAGGGGAACACAAAUGUUUUGAAAAGCAAGUAGAGGAAGACAUAUUAACUACUUUAGUACUGAUUUUGCAAAUUAAUAUUUGUGCUCUGGGAAAAAAAAAGUUUCUAUUUAGAUAUGUACAAAGAAGGUGGCCAGUGGUCUCAGAUCAUUUUUUCCUGCUGUGGUGCUAAUAUUUUAUUCAAAAGUUACUGCACCUUAACAAUAUUAAUUGUUGGAUUUCUUUCUUUCGUUCUUUCAGAAACAUAAUGGUUGUAUAUUGAAGGUGGGUCUGGGAUUUUGCUAGUUAUUUUGUGUUCGAGUUGUGAUUGAAAAUACAUUGUAUCUGAGAUGAUCUGUUCUUCCAGCCAUGCCAAGUAGCAUCAAAUAAACUACCCAUCCUUCUUUAACAUGACUGUCAAUCUACUUUUAACCAAGACUCAAUAAAUUUUUUAAUUGCCUUAAAUACACAAUUGCUGGUCUAAUGCACAAUUUGAAACUGGCCUUAUUGUUUUAUAAUUACAUCUUCCACUGCAGAUGUAUAACUAUACAUCUAUCACUAUGUUAUGAGGAAGUUUUUCAUAUAAUGCUAUUUAUAUGCAUAACUCAUAAAACUAUAUUGUACAUUAAAAUGAAGUUGUAUUUUUUAAUACUCACACAUAGCUAUAAAAUCAUUUCUGUAUAUUUUUAAAAAUAUGAAUAGACGGGAGAGUAGGUGGAGAGUUCUUUCUUUCUGCCUGUCUAUUUUAGAUCUACCUUUGAGCUGGCACAAAGGAACAGAUUUUCCCACGAGGAACGUGGGCAGAAUGAAGACUGAGAAGAAAUGUACUUGCUAUCUGAUUCUGUCCACUGAACAGUAGUAGCCUCUGAAGUUUUGUGCCUCAUACGUGAAACACUCUGAAUUCGAACAAUUCUUCUAGAUUUUUUAUUUAACUUUUAAUUUUUUGUUGAGAAUUUUAUAGCAGAUCUCUUUUUCAACCAUUUCCAACUCCUCUCAUGGCUCUCUCAAAUUCAUACUUGAAAAAGGAACCUAAUUAAAUCUCUAUGACUAGGUGUUUUUUUAAUGUGGAAUAAAAGUACAGCUAUAUAAUAAUAAAAUAUGUAUAUAUCUUGGUUAGAGUAUGUGACUAUUCAAAUACCACCUUUAAAUGGAGAGUCAAUGAGCUCCCUGCAUCCCCAAAUCUAACUCUCCCCAUUUAGUUGAUUGAGUCACAUGUGUGUGGCCUGUGGCCCACACAUCUGGGUGAGAUGGCAGGCUCUGGCCUGGAGAUAAAGCAUCUUAUUUUUAAAGCUCCAAGAAGAGGUGGGUGGUUGAAUGCCUGUGCCUUCAGCAAAACAGCAGGGUUAGGAGCCCAGGUAUCUGCUUAGAAAGUGUUUUCCACCUGACAGUUUCUGUGCUUUUUUAGCAUAACUAAAUCAGUGCCCUGGAUGCUAGCUUGGUGUUAUUUAAACCACUGAAGUGCAGUGGUAGAAAACUUAGGAGAUUCAAGCCAAGCCAUUUAUGUCCCUGAUAAACCCAGGUCAGCGAAAAACGGCUUUCUCUUACCUUCUUAUUUCCCCAGCCCAAGUUUUACGAUAAGAAUAGUCCUCCCACUGUCCAGGGAUUUAAGGGAGGAUUUAAACAAGGGAUCAUUGUCUUCUGAUAAUAGUAGAAGUCCUUUGGAAAAUUCCUCAAGGAGACGUCCAAGGACACCUAGGCUUGGGUUGAAGAGAAGGUAGGCAACUCUGGUUCCACAGUUUGCCCCUCAACACAUAGAUGGCUGCAUACCUGAGAAACACAUUCUAUAGAAGGUUCUGUGCUACAGCUUGCAGUACUUGUGAGUAAGACUCAUUCUCAGACUGGCCAAAAUUCAAGGAGAGGUGGAUGUGUAGAAGACCCAAGAGAAAAUAUGCGCAACUAUGAUAACUGAUAACUGCUGGAUGAAAUUGGUAGAGUCCUGUAACCAUUCACAGGAGAGACAGAAGUCAGACUGGAACAAAACAAGAAAGCCUCUGUGUGAUAUCUGUUGGGUACGCCUAUGGAAGGGGUUCAUGGAAGGUUGGGUGUGUACUGAGUCCAAGUAGAGGGAGACAACUUUCAAAAGACUAGAAUAAGAAACCACUGGAUGUGACUGAGUCACGAGGUCACAUGACUAGGUCUAGCUCGGCCUUUCCACUGUUUCUACUCUGAAACUGCUUUGAUAUGGAUUUGUUUAAAGGUCUUUCUCAAAACUUCAUGGAUUAGAAGCUGGUUUUAAAAUGUGGUAGUAGGAGAUGGUAAUCAGGAGGUAAUGGCCAGGGGGAAGUGAGCAGACGACAAAGGCAACACUGUCAUGACUCAUGAUGUUCAUGGAAUUUCUCGUUCCCACAAGCCCGGAGUAGCAAUGAAAAUGAUGUCUUCUUACGGAGAAAAAUCA